AUCAACGCGAUCUGCAGCUAAAAACCACUUCCUGCUGUUGAAAAUGACCACGCCUACUCAUACAUCACAAAAGGAGGAAGGCGAGCGGAGCUGAAUUAGAUUUUGGCUCCUGCUAAUUCACGUGUUUUGUUUCUUGUCUGUGCUUUUAUUUUUAAAUAUCACAUGUGCAAUUAUUUCGACAAAAACACUGAAAAUGUUUGCAGGGCUUAGUUGUGUAAUAAUUCAAAGCGGCAUUGAUUUUUAUGUGAGUAAUGAGGCUCCUUAGGGGAUGAGAAAUGGCAUCAGCUGUUCGCAUGUUAUUUUGUGAUUCUCAACGUUGAUGGAAAGUCAUGAGAUUUUACUUUAAGCAUGAGUUACAGCAGCGUAAGACUUCUCACAGGGACAUGUGAGCGGUGUCAUAGCACUCUUCAGUCUGUGGCAGAGCUCCUCAUCCUGUCCUGCGAUGCUCGUCCCAUCAGAACAGAGACCAUCUCCAGUAAAUCCACGUUCUUACAAAUCAGUGAACGGAUCAUCGCCAGCACAAAAACAAUUAAGACUCUGAUGAAGAGUGUCGCGAAUUACAUACACAUGAUUACAACUAAGUCGGUGGAAAUCUGUGAAGGGUUGACAGAGCUUACCUCCACUGUAGUGACCUUCAUGGAGUUGUGCAGCCACAUUGCUUAUAUUUGUGCGAUAUCUUUCAAAGACUGUUGUCAGGCGAUUCCUGGGCUCGUGGAUCGGUACUCUAUAUGUUUAGCAGGAUUAGAGAUUAAAUUAAGUUGCAAUAGGUUAAAAAAGACUCGCAUCGACGAAUUGUCACCUCAGCUUAUCAUCGAUUUGUGUUCAAAUAUAUCAAAACAUAUAUCUGUGCUGACAAAUAUUUGUAAAUCUGCAGAUGAGAAAGUUCGUGAUGAGGGAACUAGAGACCAGUUUAAGCUCUGUGUAAAAAGCGUAACAUGUGCUGCAGGGUGUCUGAUAGCCAGUAUUAAAACCUACAAAUCUCUUCCCAACACACGACACUAUUCUCGAUUCCUCAACUUCUGUGAUCCUGUGACUGCCACAGCCCAAGCUCUAGUCAGUUUUGCAACCGAGGAGGACUUUAUCGGCAAGGAAGCAGUCCUGACCCCGGAAGCUCGAGAUAUACAAAAGUCAAUCCUUGCUGCCUGUAUGAGUGUUGUGUCUGCUUGCAUUCAGCUGUGUAAGACUGUGCGAGAAUUGUCCUAUGACCUCAUGACCUCUCAUCACAAAGAUAAACUUCGAAUGUGUUUGGAAAACGUUGACCGAUCAUCCGUCCAAAUUCGAGAGAUUCUUCAGCGUUACCACAGUAGUGACCACCAGUCCGGCGGUGGUGGCGGUCAUCUGAACUCCACCAGUUCUGGUGACGGCAGUGCUAAUGGUAAUAAUUGUGAUAGUUCUAUGUCUGCCAAGGGAAAUAACUCUCCACCACGGCAUCUAGCCAAUUUGUUUCGAAAGGAGUAUUCUGAACAGGGGAAAUCUCCUGAUAGCCCACCACAUGAAAGAUUUGCUCAGCUGUUGAGAGAGCAAUCUCCUUUGGCCAGUGAAGCAGAAAUGAGAUUAAGUGACCAUAGUUCUAGAAAUGUAGAAAGGGACAGUGUAGAGGGCACAGAGGAAACAAAUAUUCCAGGAAGUCCUUCAUCGGAAACUUCAGGACACUCAGCGGCAUCCCGAUAAUCAAAGUAACGAAAGUACUCUCAGUGAUUUUCUACAUCUCAAUUGUUGUUACUGGUGGAAAUGAUUUGUUAAAUUAGAUACACACUGUAUUGAAUGAAACUCUCUACUUUAGUGCUAGUAAAUGUAUUUAUUUCCGAAAAAUAAAAGAAAACCACAAUUGUAA